GCCUGGCUGUCUCUGUCUUUAAUAAGUGCAGACCAGAAAAGUCAUGGAGUAAAAUCAGAUCUCCUGAUCUGCAUUCAUCAGAAGCAGGGGCGGACUGACAACUCAUGGGGCCCCCGGGAAAUAGGGGAUCAUGGGGCCCCUGUGUCCUUACCCAAACUAAAAAAAGCCUAUGAAAAAGGUACCAGGGGCAUCUCAUGGGGCCCCCUACCGACCCCGGGCCCUCGGGCAGUGCCCGAGUUUCCAAAUGGUCAGUCCGCUCCUGGUCAGAAGUAAU